AUGGCUAUCUCCAUUUCUUCGCCCACCCACGUAAUCAUUCUCGAGGCCGUUUCCUCAACAUUCAUAUCCACAUCUCCGUCGGCAGCCACCGCCAACGCCAAUUUCAAGGCAUCAUCAUCUGGCACCUGUUUCCGCCUGCUUUCCACAGCGAUUGGGCGUUGCCGCGAGCUCUUACACCGGCAACCCGAUAACCCGUCAUCGCGGGGCCCCGAGCUGGCGCAUGAGGCCGCCGACCAGGAGACGGAUCGGAUGGCGUCGGCGGUAGACCCUCAACACCACCACAGCAGCGACAGCCACGGCCGCGCGAUCGGCCAGCGCAAGAUCCUGCCCAGCUCGGCCGUCGAGACCCCGCCCUCGCCGCCCGCCACCGACGAGACCGACGACACGGACUCGGAGAAUCCGUCGCGGCGGCGCCCGGCGACCUCGCGCAUCGACACCAAUGUGGCCGGCGUCGACGGGAGCGAGCCAGGCGGCCGCCCCUCCUCUUCCCCCGUCGUGUCCCCCGUGACGUCGCCGCCGUACUGGCUGCAGGGCCAUGCCCGGUCCGCGUCCAUGAACUCGGUGGACUCGAUACCGACGGGCGCCAUUACGCUGCAGGACAACGAGAGCAGCGGCUUUGACGACAGGAACAACGCGUGCUGGGCCAAGAGCGUGGGCAUCACCGACUACGUGGUGGUCAAUGGGAGCUCGACCAACAUCGGGGCGUUCGUGGUGUGGAACAUCAGGGUGGAAACUCUCAAUGGGAGCUUUAUGAACAUACGGAAGCGUUAUUCCGAGUUUGACGACCUGCGUUGGCGGCUCAUUCGUACCUUUCCGAACUUCGAGGCCGCCGUGCCGGAGCUGCCGCCCAAGAGUCUGAUAUCCAAAUUCCGGCCCAAGUUCUUGGAGAAGCGGCGCGCUGGGCUACAAUACUUCCUUAACUGUAUCAUGUUAAACCCCGAGUUUUCCGGAUCCCCGGUACUGAAGGAGUUCCUAUUUUCAUAA